CAACGAUCUGGCAGGUGUGCCAUCUCACGUGACUGUGUACGCCACUGUGCUCAAGCCGAGCAAAGUUCCCAGACGUUCGCAAGCUGUUUCUACUACUACCGUUGAGACUCAGUGGGACGCGGGUGGGGCUCCGAACACCAUUGCAGGAGCGAGUGCAUCGAAGCAAAGGCGCAUUGCACCUACUGGCAUCCCGGUCCCAGCUACCGGCGAGACCUCAUGCGAGUCAUCAAAAUUCGUUUGAGUUUCUGAAGAUCUCUGCUACCCGACACCGAUCCCUGCACUCCCCCUCCAUGACCCAAAUUGCGAUGAACCCCAACGCUGCUGAGGCUUUCGAAUCCUACGUGAUCAAGGAUGGCGUCAAAGUCGUCGAACGGUUCUUCGAUCUGCCUCUGGACUACUCCCACCCGGAGGGCGAGACCAUCCGCGUGUUUGCCCGGCAUCUGAUCCCCCAGUCCAAGGCCAAGACGCCGGAGGAGGAGGACAAGCUUCCAUUUUGUGGCCCUGGCUUCGAGGUGGAAUUGCAGGGAAGCUCGGGAUUCGCGGGGGAGCUCCACGAGCGCGGAUACCAGACGCUCUGGCUCGAUCCCCGCGGGACCGGCCACAGCUCGCACAUCUCGCCAGAAACGCUACCUGCGCGGCUGGCGACCGACCAGGCCAAGGCGGACUACCUGAAGCACUUCCGGGCGGACAGCAUCGUGCGCGACUGCGAGGCGAUCCGUAAGAUCAUGCUCGGCCACAAACGCGAUCCCGAGGACAGGAAGUGGACGAUCCUGGGCCAGAGCUUCGGCGGCUUCUGCGCGAUCACGUACCUGUCGUUCUUCCCGGAAGGGCUGAAGGAGGUGUUCAUGACGGGCGGGCUGGCUUGCCUGGACGAGUGUCCGGACCGCCUGUAUGCUUCCCAGAUCCCGAUCCUGCGCAAGCGGAAUGAUAUUUACUACAACAAGUACCCGCAAGACAUCAAGCGCGUUCGGGACAUACUGUCCUAUCUGGAGAGCAACGAUGUGCGACUGCCGAAUGGCGGUCGGCUGUCUGUCAGCCGGUGGCUCCAGCUUGGCAUCCAAUUUGGCGCCACAGGCGGGAUCGACCGGAUCCACCAAAUCGUAUUCCGCGUCACCAACGACCUCGAGCUGUACGGGAGAAUGACGUUCAAGACCCUUCAGGGGCUGGAGUCGCAGUACACCUUUGACGGCAAUCCGAUAUAUGCUAUUCUGCACGAGCCUAUCUACUGCCAAGGUCGUGCUCCCAGGUGGUCAGCAGCUCGGACUAUCGCUCAGCACCCCGAGUUUUCAUGGUCGCACGUGAAGGGUCUCGCAGACACCGAGCCGAUCUACUUCUACGGCGAAAUGGUCUUUCCUGACGUGUUUGACGAUUUUGUAAACCUCCGACCACUCAAGGGUGCUGCCGAGAUACUCGCUCACGAUGAUUCCUGGGGGGAGCUUUAUGACAUCGAGCAGCUGAGGAGGAAUCGGGUCAAGGUGACUGCUGCCAGCUACAUCAACGAUCUGUAUGUCACAUUCGACAUUGCGCAAGAGACGGCGUCCAUCAUCAAGGGAACGGAGCAGUAUAUCACCAACCAACAGGUCCACGAUGGCUUGCGUAUCCAUUCGAAAGAAGUCAUUCAGCAUUUGUUCACCAUUUCCAAGAGGGAGUAUGAUUGAGCUGAGGUUACAAAUACAUAUAGAUCCAUGUUGUUUUUGGUAGUUGUCCUUGGUGGUAGCCAAGCACCUGUUUUGUGCUGUUGGACUGGUAGGACCUGGAAGCACAGGUCCCUCAGGCAAUCAGGCCAUCCCCUUGUGGUCUGAGGACAUCUGCCUCAGCAACGUGGCAUGAGAGAUUUGGUUGCUAUAACUCAUUGGGGC